AACAAGAGAAAUUAUAGGCACGUCACAUUCAGAUAACUUCCUCCUGCUGCAGCAGGUUGCAUGUUGAGAAUGUUGGACUGGAAAGCACCAAAUAUCUUACAUGCAGACUGCAACUCAAUCCAAAAGUGAUUCUCCACAGUCUACAGUAAAUUAAAUUGCAGUUUCAUCAUGACUUCUGUGAACACGUCGUGUUCCACUAACAUGACUGUCUGGAAACACACAACAAACCAGCUCUACACAUAUGUUUACCUGAUCAUAUUCAUCCCAGGCCUGCUGUGCAACACCCUGGCUCUUUGGGUGCUCUGUCGAUUUAUAAGCAAAAAGACCAAAGCCGUCAUCUUCAUGAUUAAUCUGACCAUAGCUGAUCUGGCUCAUGUGCUGUCGCUGCCGCUUCGAAUUCACUACUACUUCAAAGAUGAAUGGCCUUUCGGCAGCGGGUUAUGCAUGCUAUGUUUUUACCUGAAGUACCUUAACAUGUACGCUAGCAUCGUCUUUCUGGUGUGCAUCAGCCUCCAGCGCUGUGCGUUCCUCCUGCGGCCGUUCUGUGCCAGGAACUGGAAGAGACGCUAUGACAUCUGCAUCAGCGCCGCGGUCUGGCUGGUGGUUGGGCUCUGCUGCUCGCCCUUCAUUUUAAUGAGGAGAAAAUCAAAUUCGGGAAAUAACACCACAACCUGCUUCAAAGACCUGCCGAUGCGUCAGCUGGGUUUAACCUCGGCCAUUUCCAUGAUGGUUGGUGCUGAGCUCUUGGGAUUUCUUGGUCCGUUAAUAGUGAUUGGUGUCUGUACUUAUUUAAUCGUGAAAUCCAUGCGACGGCGGAACCAAAAGCAGCAGUCCACGGGCAGCACGAGAAAGGCCUUGCGCAUGGUUAGAGUGUGCACAGGGGUCUUCCUCUUCUGUUUCGCCCCUUACCACAUCAACUUCCUGCUGUACCUGAUGGUGACCCAGAACAUUAUAACAAACUGUGAAGCGGGUCAGGCCAUCAAAAUCUUCCACCCCAUCUCUCUUUGCAUCGCGAGCCUCAACUGCUGCCUCAACCCUCUCAUCUACUACUUCCUGACCACAGAGUUCAAGCAGCAGCUGUCUCAGCACGGCAGCUCUGUGCUCCGGGGCCGUCUGAUGAGCACCGAGAGCACCUCUUCCUUUAGGGACUGAUCAGGGACCACCAACAUUUUCACCAUUGAAGCCAUUUAUUUGACUUCAGUGUAAAAACAUGGACAUUUAGGGUGCAAAUUAUGCUUUCAGACAGUGUACAAACUGAUGUCUAUGCAUUAUGUACUAUAGCUUGAACAAAAAGAUAUGAAGCUUACAAACUGAAAUGUUAUGUCCAGCAAGUAUUGUUUUGACCAAAAUCACAGCCUUUCACGGCAUGGGUUAAGUAUUUUAAGUUUAACAAUGACAGUCAUCAAAGACUAAUUUAAAUGGGAGAAAAAUGUUAUUUACGACUGACUGCAUGACAGAGAUAUUUUUGUUAAUGCAGACGCAGAAUGAGCUGAUAGUGUCUCUCUCACUAGACCGAUAGAAGUGAAAAUGCUAAACUCAGCUGAGCUUUAGUUGAACUGACCAGGCCAGCUAAACACCACAUCCCAUAUUCACAAAACAUCUUACCACUGAGAGUUCUCCUAAAUAGCAGUAAGAGCUUUUAAGAGUUUAAAGUUUCCCCUUAAAUCCUAUUCACAAAGCUUCUGAGACUAACUUUUGCUAAGGAAUAGACAGAAUUUUUACCAUUAAAGUAUGUACUUUCUUGGUAAAGAAAAAGUUCACACUUUUAAGUGUGUAGUAGGAGAGUAGGCAAGUUUUGGGACAUACUAUCACAUCACACAACUGUGUGUUUGAAGGACGCUCCCUGUCACUUUAACCUGGCCUGUCAAUCAUCUUGUCACAGUUAACAUCCCUCGCAUUUCAUUUAACUUCCUACUGUACUGGAGAGAAAAGAAGUAGCUCGUUGAUCUGCCAGUCGUGGGUCUUUAUGCAGAGAACUUUUCUCAUAUUUUCUGCACAAUGAUGCAUUUAAAAGUUAACAACCAAAUGGAUGUUUAUAAAAGUUCACAUUGCUGUUGCAGAUGAAAUAUAAAAUGGAUAACAAUAAAUACAUAUUUUUUACCAGAUUAAAUUUUGAUUAUCAGUAACUCAAAGCCCUUUUUUGUAAACCUCUCUACAGAGCCGUCGAUCGCACACAUCUGCUACAUGUUGUAGUUUUUCUAAUGCAUUUUAUUAUUGUUUAUAUUGUAGCUCAGUGGUAGAGCAUAAGGAGAAAAAAGGUUGUUGGUUCAAUUCCCAGGGAACACACACACUGGCUAAAAAAAAUGUGUAGCCUGAUAUACACUGUAAGUUGCUUAUGGUAAAUACAUGAAUGUAAAUGGAUACAUACUUCAAAAAUUGACCUGAAAUAGUAGACCAUCUGGGGACUUUUGGCUAAGUCUUUUCAACAUAUCAUGCUUUGGGACACAUAAUCUCACAUACUAUUUAGGAUGGAUAGUGUUAACAUUGACACACAGGGUUAAGCUCAGAGUGGGGAAGGGGGCGGGGUUGACCGCGUUGCUAUGGAUGAUGUCAGCAUGCUUAUUAACUAUGCACACAUUGAUUGGCUGAUAGUCUCUGUCAGAGAUUUAUUCAUAGAUAUUAUAAUAAUAGGUAACUUUAUUUAUUUGAAAAUGCAGACUACGUGUCACUAAUUAAACAAGUGUAUGUUCAGCUAAUUGUCAGCCUCUGCCUCUUACACGUGUGCUUCUCAAAAAUAAUUAUUAGAUAUUCAUAUAAACAGCCUUUUAAUUAACAGAGUAGAAUAAUCCUGGCUGAUAGUAAGACAUGCAAACAUUAAAGAAAACCAAACUGGACACAAGAACAGCUGUUACUUAUUGCCCAGCUGUUAAUUAAAAAAGGAUUUAAUCAAAGAAGAAUCUGUAGUUGGGAUAACCUCCAAAACCCAAAAAGCUGCAUGAGAAGAUAUAUGUGUGCAAAUAAAUGCAAUGUGUUUCUCAAAUGUUUACGUUGCGAGGCAGAUUUCUGGAAACAGCUAGUUUAGGAUCGUUUGUGGUUUGGUCUUAGUGACUCAGGACUCCUCUUCACUUUCCUAACCUUUCACAGAUUCAGGAGCUAGAUUUAGUGUUAAAACACUGUGUAAAAUACUCUUGGAGCAAAAAUGUUGAAGUCCUACAUUUGGGACAGACACGCCCAUUAUUUUUAUGAUUUUCUCCUAUCUCUGUGAGUUAUGAGCUACUUUUAGCCUGAAGAUGUUUUGUGAGUACGGGCCCAGGUCUAGAAUGGGAUUAAACAGAAAAAGAAAUCAAAUUCCUAAGUCUGUGGAGAUCAGAGGCUAAAAUGGGACAAAUCCAAACUUCCAAGAACAACAUAAAAAUUGAGAUUCUGUUUUCAAACUGUUCAUGUGAAAAUGUUGUUUACUCUCACGUUUGCUUUUGCAAUAUUGUAUUAUACUCCGAACAAAUUAGGUUAAAUAUUAUGAAUGUUGAUAUGUUUAAUAAAUUAGAUUAAGUGUGUUUAGUGAUGCUCAGUUUAAUAUCUUUCAUUAUUUUUUUAUUAAAUAUAAAAAAAAGAAAAAAAAAAGAAAAAGGUUUCAAUGUUUCUCCAUAAUUCACAUAAAUAACCUGAGAUGGAAUUGUUGCACAUAUUGAAUUAAUUUCUUGUUCAGUUCAGUUCAUAUGGACAAACAUAAAGCAGUCACAAAACAUUUCUGUUUUUGUGUUUCAUUAGGAGAAUAAAGUCAUGCUUGAGAAUAACAUUAAUUGUGAAUUUGUAGUGAACUAUCCAUAUCUCAGAGCCCCAAAACUACAAAUACUUUUACCUAAUCUUUUACUUUAACGGCAGUCAUUCAUUUGUAUACACUGUAUUGCAUAUUAUGUCAUAUAUAGAUUAUUUGUGAUUGACUCUAUAGGGUAGAGUGGGAGAAAAACACCCCUCUGCUGUUUUUCCAAAAACAUCCACUAGAUGAAGUCAAGGUAAACUGUUAUUGUAUCUAUGGACUGCAUUGACAGGAGUGAUGGAGAAGUAUUCACUGUGAAGCUCACAGGGAUUUCAUGGUAAGUUAUCUAAUUAACAGCAGUAAGAAAACUCCCCCGACCC